AUGGAUGCGUCGGAGAAAGAAGGACUUCAACAUCAUUCAUCGCCUUCUUCCUCAUCCCUACCCUCGACUGAAGUCUUUAAUUACGUCGUCACCGCGCAUAAACCGACGGCUGUAUCCUAUUCAUGCGUGGGACAUUUCACGCAUUUGGAGAGACAAAAUUUGAUAGUUGCACGAUCCAAUCGGAUUGAGAUUUAUCUCUUGACCGAAGAAGGAUUAGAACCAGUUCUGGAGACGACGGUUUAUGGACGCAUCGCUAUGCUUAAGCUGUGCGAAGGAAGAAAAAAUGGUGACAGAGAAAACAUACCAGGUCGUCUCGUCGUCGUUACGGAAGACCGAUACUCGCUCGCCGUUUUGUCGUACGAUGCGGCAACCAACACGCUUCGAACGGUUUCGAGUGGCGAUGUUUCCGAUUUGACUGGACGACCAGUCGAACACGGCAUGCUCGGCGAUAUCGAUCGAAAUGCCAGGGUUAUCGCUUUACACAUUUACGAUGGUUUAAUAAAAUUUAUUCCGUUCGAUGAGAACGGAAACUUGUUACAAGCGUUCAACGCCAACCUGAACGAACUCAAAGUUUUGGAUUUCGUUUUUCUUCCGUCGACGUCAUCGUCGACAUCUGGGAUCGCAAUAGACGCGAGUGAAUACGGUAAUAAUAAUAAUAAUAAUAAUAACAACAACGCAUCGGACAUGAAUAUAACAUUGUCGAACGUUUCGAGCUUGACGAGGAGUAUCAAUCGGGAAAACGCUGGGGGCGGCGGUUUGAGUUCAAUGCCAGUCAUAGCGGUUUUACAUAAAGACGUGAAGGACGAACGGCACGUCUCGACUUAUCGCGUAAACUUACGUGAUAGAGAUUUAGAACCAGGUCCAUUUGAACAGCGCGAAGUUGAAAUAGGCUCAAAGAAACUGCUUGCUUUAUCCUCUCCCAUUGGAGGUUGCGUGGUCGUUGGCGAAGAAACGAUUGCGUAUUUAAAUGAACCCGCGGGAAUAAUGGAUGACCACGAAAACAACAACAACAAGAAUAACAACACCGCAACGAAGAAUGCUACAAGUACGUUGAGCAAUAAUGCAAACAGUAAUGUCAUGUUUCGCGGCGAGAACAAGUCGUCUACGUCGGCUUUAGUACGAGCUAUUACUACUCCAGAUUUGCUCAUGUUUUCUUCAGCGUGUCUGAUUCCUUCGGACGAGAAUGUUUCGAACCAGCUCGUCGAUAGAUUUCUAAUCGCGGACGAAGACGGCGAUUUGUACCUGUUGAUGCUGAGCAAAGGCACGACAUCGACGAUGAGCACUUCCAUUGUUUCGAAGUUGACGAUAGAAAGGUUAGGUAAAACGUCCUCGGCAUCUGCAAUGAGUUAUCUCGACAACAGUGUGGUUUUCAUUGGAAGCGCGUAUGGAGAUUCCCAAAUAAUUAAACUGCACACGGAACAAGUCAAUACCAUGAUGUCAGCUUCGAACGAACUACCAAGCUACGUCGAAGUUUUGGAGGAGUUUACCAAUCUUGGUCCUAUCGUAGACUUUUGCGUCAUGGAUUUAGAGCGUCACGGUCAAGGUCAACUCGUCACGUGUUCGGGGGUAGGCACGAGCGGAUCUUUACGCGUUAUUCGGAAUGGAAUCGGAAUCCGAGAACAGGCUCAGAUUUCACUCUCAGGGAUUAAAGGUCUCUACUCGUGCAAGCGGGACGAAACGAUGCCUUUGGAUUCCUAUUUGAUUGUGUCGUUCAUCGCGGAGACGCGGAUAUUAGCAAUAAACGAUAACGACGAGUUGGAAGAGGCAGUGUUCCCAGGAUUUGACGCAUCUUCCCAAACGAUUGAAUGUGCAAAUAUUUCUGGAAAUGUGAUCUGUCAAGUCACAAGUAAAGGCGUUUACGUUUGCGAUGCUUCGUCGGGAGAACUUGUCGCUUCAUGGGUGCCGUCUGACGAGAGUCCUAUAACUGCCAGUUCAGCGUCAGAGAAUACCAUAGCCGUCGCCACUGUCGGUGGUAAUCUUCAUUACCUUUCUUUUCAAGGUGGGAAGAUUUCAGAGACUGGAAAAAUGACUUUCGAUGCUGAAAUAUCUUGCAUCGAUAAAACGCAGUGCGGCGAUCGUAACGUCUGUGCGGUUGGAUUGUGGAGCACGAAGGUUUUGCUGGUCGAAUUAGGAUCGGGGAUGAAAGUCUGUCACACAGAAAAUUUAUCUCUCGAUGUCGUUCCAAGGUCGACGUUAUUUUGCUUCUUCGAAGAUACAAUCUAUUUACUCACCGGUCUCGGUGACGGGCACUUAAUAACAAACGUCGUCGAUUCUUCGAGCUCAGCCGGAGGAUUUGCGUUGAGUGAUCGAAAAUCUGUUUCCCUUGGCACGCAACCGGUUACUCUGAAAUUAUUCAAGUCUCAGCAUUCAAUGCAUGUCUUCGCGGGAUCGGAUCGGCCGACGAUUAUAUAUUCCAACAGUAAGAAGCUCGUCUACUCAAACGUGAACUUGAACGAGGUUUUGCACGUGGCACCGUUUAAUUGUGACGCUUUUCCGGAUGCGCUAGCUUUAGCCAGCGGCGAACAUUUGACGAUUGGUGCCGUCGAUGAUAUUCAGAAAUUGCACAUUCGUACGGUUCCGCUGCGCGAACAACCUCGUAGAAUUGCGCAUCAACCGGAAACAAAAACUUUAGCGGUGCUUACCAUGAAAGAGAGCGAUGUUCCUGGGCAAGAAGAAGAGUUUUUCGUGCGAUUAUUCGACAAUAAAACUUUUGAAACUUUGGCAAAAUAUCCCCUCGAACCGAACGAGAACGAUGCAAGUAUUAUUUCGUGUUCUUUCGACGGGGACGACGAUAUAUAUUUCGUUGUCGGAACGGCUUUUGCGGACCCUCAUUCGGAGCCUGAAUCUUCUCGAGGACGCAUACUCGUUUUCAAAGUUUCGAACACAUCGUCGAGUGGCGGUGGAAACGCUGUUGUCAACGGGAAUGACCACGGCGACGGCCGCGCUUCCGCGUCCUCGUCUGUGCUUCAAAAGAGUCUCACGCUCGUCUGUGAAAAAGAAACCCGGGGUGCGGUGUACAAUUUGAAUGCCUUUUGCGGUAAGCUACUCGCCGGUAUCAAUUCUCUGGUGAAAUUAUUCAACUGGGGCGUUUCCAAAGAAAAUAAACGCGAGUUAGUGCACGAGUGUUCUCACAUGGGACACAUCAUCGCACUCAAGGUUGAAACGAAAGAUAAUUUGAUCGUCGUUGGUGAUUUGAUGAAGUCGAUAACGCUGCUGCAGUAUCAGCGAGAAUCCGGCAGGAUUGAAGAAGUCGCGCACGAUUUUAGCUCGAAUUGGAUGACGGCGGUCGAGAUUUUAGACGAUAACACAUAUCUCGGAGCUGAAUCUAGUUACAACUUGUUUACCGUUCAGCGGAACGCGGACGCAGACACAGAAGAUAAACGCGGGACGCUAGAGCUUUGUGGCGCCUUCCACUUGGGAGAUUCCGUGAAUAGAUUCAGACGCGGUAGUCUGGUCAUGCGCAUGCCAGAUCUAAGCGACGAUACGAGCUCCUUGUCUGAAAUCUCCACUUGGCUAUUUGGCACGAUCUCUGGUGGUUUAGGCGUCGUUGCGACUUUACCGAAACGCGAUUUCAUGUUACUUAACAAAGUUCAAGAAGCCAUGCAAAAGGUAGUUACCGGAGUGGGAAACUUUAGUCACUCUGACUUCAGAAGUUUUCACAACGUGCAGCGAAGCGUAGAGAUGCGAAACUUUAUCGACGGUGAUUUGGUCGAAAUCUUCUUAGAUCUAUCCAAAGAAGACCAAGUCGCGGUGUCUGAACUGUCUGGAGUUUCGAAUUCCGAGGACUUGGUAAAGAAGAUUGAAGAAAUUUCUCGUCUUACGCACUAA